UUAGCUUUUCGGUCUCUCUUUCCUUCUGCGUGUGAAAAUUUCGUGGUGCAAGGUUGCUAACGUGCGCAGCGGGUGAUCGGCGUGCUACAGUUGGAGGAGGAGGAGGAGGAGGAGAAGAAGAGGUGAAAAUAGGGAGACUAAAAAGCGAGUGUGCGCCAUUUAGCCACCCACCACUAGAAUCGGAGGAGGUUUUGUAGGUGGUGAGCUUUUUCUCCAUUUUGGUUAAAAAAGAAAAUUAGUUAAGAAGGAACGAAACAAACAACUACCUCUACCUCUACCUCUACCUCUGGCGUGCCAUGGCCUUCAACUUUUGAGCUCUUGAAGACCCAUAUAUCUUCAUCUCUAACACUAUUGUUUCUGAUCUGAUCCAGUAGUGAUUUUGCUCUUGAGUUUCGAAUUCGAUGGCUGCUCCACCUACGAGGGCUAGAGCCGAUUACGAUUACCUCAUAAAGCUCCUAUUGAUCGGCGAUAGUGGUGUGGGUAAGAGUUGCCUUCUUUUACGCUUCUCAGAUGGCUCCUUCACCACUAGUUUUAUUACUACCAUUGGCAUUGAUUUUAAAAUAAGAACCAUUGAGCUUGAUGGCAAGCGGAUCAAGCUCCAAAUUUGGGAUACAGCUGGCCAGGAGCGAUUCCGAACAAUCACCACGGCUUAUUAUCGUGGGGCCAUGGGCAUUUUGCUGGUCUAUGAUGUUACUGAUGAGUCAUCUUUCAACAACAUUAGGAAUUGGAUUCGCAACAUUGAACAGCAUGCUUCAGAUAAUGUUAACAAGAUUUUGGUAGGGAACAAGGCUGACAUGGACGAGAGCAAAAGGGCUGUGCCUACAUCUAAGGGUCAAGCACUAGCUGAUGAGUAUGGAAUUAAGUUUUUUGAAACGAGUGCAAAGACAAAUCUAAAUGUGGAGCAGGUUUUCUUUUCAAUAGCAAGGGACAUAAAGCAAAGGCUUGCCGAUACUGACUCAAAGUUUGAGCCGUCAACUAUCAAGAUUAACCAACCGGACCAGGCGGGUGGAGCUGGCCAAGCUGCACAAAGAUCAGCUUGCUGUGGUUCUUAAAAGUAACAUGUGCUGACUGUCGAUGCUUCUAUUUGAGAAAGGUAAAAACAGGGAAAAGAAAAAGAAAGAAAAGAGAGUAUUUGUGUUGCCUUAGGAUGAUGGGUGGUUGUAAUUUUUCUGAUGUCAUUCUUUGCAAGUUUCAUUUAGUGUGUAAAAGAGGUAGUGUUUUUAAUUAUUGAGAGUUUCAUAGUGUGAGAAUCUUAAUUCCUUUGCAUGAGAUGAGAUAUGGGUUGCUCUCCUUGUCUAA